UUUCUAAUAGAUGGCUCCACCCCAAGAUGUAUUUAAUAUCAUCUGUCGCAAUGGAGCCGAUUUAAUUCUUUGUAUGUAAGUUGAAUAAUUACUUUGUGAACGUUUUUUAAGAUACAUUAAUAAGCACUGAACCUCACAUCCUUCUCAAAUCAUAAUGUGGAAAUGUCACAAAUGCGGAAAACCGGUCUAUUUCGCGGAACGUAAACAAUCUCUCGGUUACGACUGGCAUCCGGAGUGUUUACGCUGCGAAGAAUGCGGUAAACGCUUAAAUCCAGGCCAACAUGCAGAACACAAAGGUGUUCCCUACUGUCAUGUUCCUUGUUACGGCGCUUUAUUUGGACCUCAAUUGUUCGGGCAUGGUACCAGGGUUGAGUCCCAUAAGAGUUUCGGCCAACAUCAAAAUUCCCCCAAAGUUGGAACAGGUCCAAUAUUACCUCGAACCCAUCUCGACUCAAAACUAAAAGUUUACAAUCAAUUUUACGAGGGGAAAAGCAACGAAAUUCGUAGCAGAGAAGUUAAUGGUCGUUUGGUGCUUGAGGGAUCAUUAAGAAUCCAUUGGGGUGUUAUGGGGGUGAUACACCUAAAAGAAAAUGAUGAUCAAAGGACAGUUACAAUCAGAAAGAGGAAUUCUUGUAGGAUUUUCCAUGAUUAUGAUUCAGAUGAAGAUAUAACAAGAGAUAGUAGUUAUAGCGAUGUUUCAAUUAGCUCCUCCGAUUUAAGUUCUUCUAAUACUUUGAAUUUCGAUGAUUUAGAUAAAUCCGAUACUGGGAUUGAGUCGAUGGAUGUUAGCAUGGCAGAAAGUUUAUCACCCAACGAUGAUUUACCUAAAAGUUUAACUUUACCUCCUAAAUUAGACUUGAAAAACGUCGAAUGGGAUGAAUUGGAUGAUUUAUUGCAAGUUGAGCGGAAAAUUAACGAAAAGGAGAAAAUUUAUCAAACGAUGCCCGUUGCUUUACCUUCCCAAACAAGCAUAGAAAGUAAUUCUAGCAGCACCAGUCGUGAAGAUACUUCAAGAUCUGAUUCCAGCACAAAAACCCUCAAUGGUGCUUCAUCCCCACAAGACACAAAAAGUACGCAAUCGGGUAACAAAGAAAAUGUAUCCUUAAACGACUCCUGGGAUAACCCGAAUAAUCAUUUAAAUCGAUCGAUGUCAGGGCCGGAUUGUUUAGAACGAUUACGAGAACCCCAAUCACCCGAAUUUGAUCGAUCGACUGUCAGUAGUUUUGAGGUGAUGAACACCGACAACCAAGAAGUGGUCGUUAGAAGAGCUGCAAAAACGGGUUCAGCCGCGAUUAAAAGGAGACAUGGAAAGCGGCUUUCUCGAUCAAAAAUUAAGCGAAGGUGCUCGAUUAAUGGUCACUUUUACGACCGCGAAACAAGCUUUUUUACACCUCCGAGAGGCAGUCAAAUGAGCGUUUGGAUAACUUCGUUAGUUAGCACCCAGGAGGUGAUUAAUUUACUUUUGGAGAAAUAUAAAGUGGAUAGUGACCCAAAGAAUUUCGCUUUAUUUAUCGUUCGAGAUAAUGGAGAACAAAAACGAUUAAAAGAGGAUGAAUAUCCGCUUCUUACAAGAGUUUUAUUGGGGCCCCAUGAAGAUGUAGCAAGAUUAUUUUUGAUGGAUGGUCAUAGUACUCCAGAAGUGAGUUGUGAAGUUGCUCAAUUUUUAAAUUUGAGCUUAGCUGAAUGCCGGGCAAUCUUAAAACAAUAUCAAACGCAAGAAGAAAGAGAAGUCGCUCGUAUUAGAGAUAAGUUUAUCGAAAUGAAACGUCGAAUAAAACAACGUAUGGAAGAUCUGAAAGUGAGACUUUAAAUAAAAUCGACUUAAUAACUCGGAAUAAGAAACCUGCAUUAAUAAUAUAUAAUCUCUUAUUACAUGAA